AUGGAUAAUUUCACGCCUGAUACUGCUGGUGGUACUGCAUUUAAUGAUUAUAUCGUGUCGACUUAUAUUGAUUAUAGUUCUGCUCGUUUUAUAUGUGAUCUAUGGAAUGUUCAUUCCGAAAUUGUUGAACGUUUUCCACGUACCAAUAAUCAUGUUGAAGCAUUCAAUAAAAGAAUGAAUUCGAUUUUCCCAACUCAUCCUCAUAUUUUCAAUUUCAUACAAUGUUUACGUCAAGAGCACGAAUUUCAACACCAUCGUGCAGAAGAAUCAUUGUUCAAUGUACGCAAACGUAAAAAGAUAAAUGAAAAUAUUGAUUCAAUGCUUCUAUUUAAUCUUCAACAAUAUACUGAUGGUGAUCUUACUGCUACAGAACUUGCUAUCAAGUGUGGAGAAUAUGUAAAAAUAAAUUAUACUAUUAAGAAAUGA